AUGAAAUUCACCUUAUUCUCCGGCGUGCCUAGUCAAUCCCCUCUUCCAGAGAACCCACUAUCCAAAGACUUUGAACUCAUCGCUCUUCCCGGUCCCGACAUUUGGAGAACUCCCUUUUGCGCUGGAGGCCGCGAUGACUUCAACGGCCCCAUCUACGCAACUCCCAUCCCUCUAUCCUCAUUUAAAAGCGCCAAAGUUACCAUAUCCUCAGACUUUCCGGGGAAUUACUUCCAAGGCGGUCUCAUACUGUUCAUGCCCGAAACCGUCCCAAUCACUCAAACCGAUUCUCAACUACGCCUCGAGGAAUCACCAAGAACAUGGAUCAAGGCUGGAAUCGAAAAAGUCGACGGUGAAUUCUUUGCUUCCGUCGCUGCUGCGAAACCGUACUCGGACUGGAGUUUGGUCAGGUUGGGGGAGAGCUGUGCUACCUUUGAGAUGGAGAAAGCGAAUGGUUCACUUUGGAUAUAUGUCACAGGUCAGGAUGGGCGGAGAACACCAGUCAGGAAGUUGACUUGGGUGGUUGAUGUUGCUCCUGAAAAUGAUAUCUGGAUUGGUGUCGCAGCUUGUAUGCCUAAGGGUGAUGAGAGUCAGAGCGGCGGAAUGUUGAAAGUGCAUUUUCGGGACUUUUCUAUCACAACAGAGUAG